ACAUUCUCUUCUUCCAAUGCCUUACUGUUCUACCAACCUCUAUUGUCCAGUUUCAACACAAAGCAAAAAAAGAAAAAAAGUAACAACACAAGUAAUAGAUAAGCAUCCGGCGAAAUCAGCCUUAAAAAAUCUCUCACUCAUAUGGCACCUUCUUCUAUAUAUCCUUGCAAAACACUUCUUUGCACAGAUAGGAGCUAGCAAUGUAGUCAGUAGUAUAGAGCUCCAUCACAGGACAAAAAGUGUUAUACAAAAAAAUUUAGUAGUUUUUUUCGGAACCUGCGUAGAUAGAAUCCUGCGCGUCAGAAAUCCCUGCAGAGGCAACAGCAGCAACACAGAGAGGAGACAUAUUAUAACAACGGCACAGCCACAAACCAAUUUCCACACAAAAAUAUAAAGCAACUCUGGAAAAAGGAGCCUAGCUAUCGGCAGCAGGUCCCUGAAAAAAACAGUUUCACUCUCUCAUUCGAUGGGUGAACAAAUUAUUUAGUGGCUAGCAGCAGUAGCAGCAGCAAGCGAUUAAAACAAACAAAAAAAAAAUACAACAAAAAAAAUCAUUCUGAAUUAUUCCUAAAAAUUUUCGAAAAUUCAGUGCGGGCGUGUGGAAAAAUUUAAAAUCGUUCAAAUCGAUCAAAAACCGGGAAAAAAAUUAAUAAGAAAAAUCCUUUCAAUUUUCUUCGAAAUUUUUCUAGAGUUUUUGAGAUAUCGUUUUUUUUUCAGAAUUUUUUUUUUUUUGUAUAAACUUGGCAUUCAAUUGAUUUUUGUCGGUUGAGGUCAAAAGUAAAUUUUUUUUCCAUCUUCAUAUAAAUUUUGUGUGCGCUCGGGGCAGACACCACCAAAAAAAAAAAAAGUUGUGCCAGUGACAAAGAAAAAUCUUCAUCAUUACCAUCAUUAUCAUCGUCUAGAGAUCCUCGAAAAAAGUAUCUCUCCUCAGCAAAAAACAACAAAUUAAUUAGCAAACAAAAAAAUAAUAAAUAAAUAAAAAAAAAAAAAAUAAAAUGGCAUGGGGAUAUUGGAGUGCAACCACAGUUGACCGUGGAAGAUCGCCACGUCGUAAUACACAAUGUACACCGUUGCCGGUGAAUAUAGUGCCCCAGGAGGAGGCCCAACCACAGCCUGCUGCACCGGUAUGUUAUAGUCCUACAUGUCGGUCGCGCUGCAGUAGUCCGUGUGGCGGUAGUCCAUGUCCUGGGAGUCCUUGCGGUUCGAUGAGUCCACCACCGCCGCCGCCGCAACAUUUGAAUAAGAAUUGCCCGCAAGCUGCAGCAAUAGCAGCAUCCCAGCAGAUAUUGACUUUGGAUGAUUAUCCGUCACGAAGACAGUCCUUGGAUCGAUUGGAUAGUCCGCAGUCCAAAUAUUUCGGCCUGCAGGCAAAUCAGCUUUCAGAUAUUUUAUGUCGUGGCGCCACAGUUUCAUCUAUACAAUCGGCAAACAACACACUCACCCGUGGCGUAUCGUUACGUAGCGGAGGUGGUGGCCCAGGAGGUGGUGGAAGUCAAGGUGGAGGAGUAGGAGGCGGCAGCGGUUCCGUUGGCUGUCUACAGGGCAGUGGAAGUGUAGGAAUGCUGCCCGGAGCAAUCGAUACCGGUGACUAUGAUGUGCCACAUCCACAUCCCUAUACACACCACUACAUGCAAACGUCAUCCAUAACUCCUCCGCACUCGGCCAUGAGUUUGAUUGGUUCACGCCCGGGCUCGGCCGGACCAUGUCCCGGUCAUGACUCUGGAUCAGAUUCCAGUGCUGGUGGUGGCUCGGUAAUGGGUGGAAAUAUUUCGGCACAAAUUGGCGGCGGAAGUGGCAGUUUGGGGCGCUGUUCGAGUCGUUGCAAUGCCGAUGAUUCAGGUGGUGGCAGUGGCGGGGGUGCUGGCAGCACCUGCAGUGGCCAUAAUGGAGGUCGAAGCAGUGUUCUCGGAACUAUACACAAUGGGCAUCAUCAGUAUCACCAUGAGUGCAUCCAUUACGAGAGAUUACCAAUUCCGGUGCCUAUACCAACGGUGCCAGUGUCACAGAUGCAUUCUGAGGAAGAAAUUGAACCGGCUUAUGCAACAGUUUUUCCAAAUGUUCCAUCAGCGCCAGGAAUGUCAUGCGUUGGUGAAGACCGAAGCAUCUACAGACGAGGAGCUAGAAGAUGGCGUAAACUAUAUCGCAUCAAUGGACAUAUUUUCCAAGCCAAACGCUUCAAUAGACGCGCAUUCUGUGCCUAUUGCCAAGAUCGCAUCUGGGGUCUUGGACGUCAAGGCUUCAAGUGCAUUCAAUGUAAAUUGCUUGUUCACAAGAAAUGCCACAAACUGGUACAGAAACACUGUACCAAUGAGCACGUAGAACCAUUGGUCAAAGAACGCGACGACUUAAAUGCCGAUGCUGGUCUACCUGAGGUAUUACCACCAAUACCCGAUUAUCCGCCAGCCGUACUACCCGAUCCGUGUGACUCAGUGGCCGUAGAAGCCGUCCAAAAUAUGGAGGAACAACUUGAGCCGGGCACCCAAAGGCAAUACUCACUCAAUGAUUUCGAAUUGAUUCGAGUCAUCGGACGUGGCAGCUAUGCCAAAGUGCUAAUGGUCGAGUUGAAAAAGACACGACGCAUCUAUGCAAUGAAAGUGAUCAAAAAAGCAUUGGUCACCGACGACGAAGACAUUGAUUGGGUGCAAACGGAGAAGCAUGUCUUUGAGACAGCAUCAAAUCAUCCAUUUUUAGUUGGUCUGCAUUCAUGUUUCCAGACUCCGUCACGUUUGUUCUUUGUUAUUGAGUUUGUUCGUGGUGGCGAUUUGAUGUUCCACAUGCAACGGCAACGACGGUUGCCCGAAGAACAUGCUAGAUUUUAUGCGGCUGAGAUUAGUUUGGCAUUGAAUUUCCUCCAUGAGAAGGGAAUUAUCUAUCGUGAUUUGAAGCUUGAUAAUGUGCUGCUCGAUCAUGAGGGUCAUAUUAAGCUAACUGACUAUGGCAUGUGCAAGGAGGGCAUACGGCCUGGUGACACAACAUCCACAUUCUGUGGAACGCCAAACUAUAUUGCUCCAGAGAUACUGAGAGGCGAGGAUUAUGGAUUCUCUGUCGAUUGGUGGGCGCUGGGAGUGUUGCUCUAUGAAAUGCUAGCCGGACGCAGUCCGUUUGACAUUGCUGGCGCUUCUGAGAAUCCCGAUCAAAACACAGAAGACUACCUAUUUCAAGUUAUAUUGGAAAAAACCAUUCGUAUACCACGUUCGUUAAGUGUGAAGGCCGCAUCGGUUCUUAAAGGUUUCCUGAAUAAAAAUCCAGCCGAUCGUCUUGGCUGUCAUCGUGAAUCGGCCUUCAUGGAUAUUGUCAAUCAUCCAUUCUUUAAGAGUAUUGACUGGGAAAUGAUUGCACAAAAGGAAGUUCAACCGCCUUUCAUACCGACAUUUGAUCCUGGCGAUCCGGACAUGUCAACGAAUUUUGACCCUCAAUUUACCAGAGAACCGGCUGAAUUGACGCCAGAGGAUCCUCGUGUUAUUGAGAAAAUCGAUCAAACUGAAUUCGAAGGAUUUGAAUAUGUGAAUCCAUUACUAAUGUCCCUAGAAGAUUGCGUUUGACAUCACGCAUCAUGUGAGCUACAUCCAUAUAAUUUACGGUUAUACGGAGAGGACUCCAGUGACUAUGAUUCCGUUGCUGAUGAUCUAAGUAUUCUUCAAUUACCUCCUCCAACCUCUAAUAAUAAUAAUAAUCUAAAUAGUCAUAAUAAUUCAAAUAAUAAUAGUAAUAAUAAUAAAAGUCUACUUCAGCACAUGUUUUGCCUUCCAUUAAAUUAAGUGAGAAUAAAUGAAAAAAAAUGAAACAAGAUAGAAUGAAACAUAAAAAAAAAAAUUGUGAAACACAAAAAAAUGCAAUUAUCUUAUAUAUUUACAUAACAAAAUUAAUUAUAUAUAUUUAUUGAAAAUGACGAAAUAAAAAAAAAACAACAACCAACAACAAAAAAAAAAAAAACUAUAGAAA